AUGGCCACCACCAUCGUUGAUGAAUGGACACUCCCAUUGCUCAUGGAAAGCUUCAUGGGCAUCAAAUUCAUUGGAACUGGUCCCCAUGGUCGAGUAUACACCGCCUACGACAGAAGAAUAGACAAUUCGGUAGCAAUUAAAAGGCUGGAAGUCUCAACACCAGCACAAGGAGAGCGGUUGAAGCGCGAGGUUGCCGCCAUCAAGAAGGCUAGACAUCGCAACAUCGUUCCCAUCUUUUAUGCUCUUGUCCGACCCAAAAUUGCGCUGCUCGUCACGGCUCCCAAACCAGCCAACCUCCACUCAAUCUUGCCUCUACGAUACGAAAUGAGAGUGAAAAUAUCCACCUUCUACUGCUUGACCAUCCAGAUGCUCUCUGCCCUCACCUACCUCCAAGAAGAAGGCAUGUCUCACGGAAAUGUCAAGCCUACCAACAUCCUCGUCGAGACCAGCGGGCCAAGCUUCCACUUCCAGCUCACAGAUUUUGAGCUCUCCCAUCCCGCGACUAAGUCCGACAUACCAAACAAUUCUUUCAUCUACAAGGCCCCGGAGACGUACACCGAUACGUAUCCCCUCACCGUGAAGAAGGAUGUCUGGUCGCUCUUCGUGACAUUGGCCAUCGCCUGCGGCUGCCUGUCCGAGGCCGAGCUCUCUCGCAGAGGUCCCGCAUCAGUGGCCUGGGCGAUCGUCGAGGCGGGAGUGCAAAUGUCCGAGCUGGAGCCAAUGGCACAGCAGAAUCCGACUCUACGGGCAUCGGCAUCCGUCAUGUUCCACCAGCUGCGGCCCAAGGAGAGAGUCGGCUCACGGGGCGAAAUCGGAUAUCCAGAGGUCAGUCCCGAGUUUGUCGGCUUAUACGGCAGCGGUCGACUGGAGAAGGAUGCGAUUCCUUUCGGGCCCAGGGCAGAUAUGCGGUCACUGACUGGGCUUCUUGGAGUGGAAAUGGGACUGGGACUGGGACUGCCGUCGUUGACAGCUGCUGUGCCUGAGCAUGUACCUGAGCAAUACCAAUUCUUGCCGUCAGGUCUCGGUCUGUUUGAUGUGCCCACAUCCGCUACGAUCGAAGUUCCCAACCAAGGAAUGCCGCCCUCUUCACACAACGGGCAACUACAGCCACAGUCAGAUUAUGAGCAAUACCAACUUGAACUCAACCAGUAUGACCCAAUUGACCAGCGCUGCUUAGCCAGCUGCUGCAACUCCAACAUUCCUCGCUCCUCAUCCUGGACCUCUCCCUCCCAGCCUCUCAGCCCACACGCCCCAAGUUUCGUCCCCGUCAGCCCUCCCCUCGCCCCCACGACGCCGCAGCCGCUCCGUGAAUUGACACCGACCGAGGCGUGGGACAGAUGGGGCGUCUAUAAAGUUGAAACCACUCUCACCGUCACGGAAUAUCUGCGGCCGUACCCAAUGGCUUGCGACAGCCAGGAUGACCAGUACAUGGACGACGGAGACUUUGAAGAUUAUGAGUGGGAGGAUGAUGAAGAUGGAGAUUUUGUACCACGUUUUCCAUGGCAGUUGCCUCCAUUGUCAUUGUUACUUUAA